CUUCGAUAUCGAACGUUCUCUACACGUCAAGUAAACAACCAACAUGUCUGGACGCGGAAAAGGUGGCAAAGUCAAGGGAAAGGCGAAGUCCCGCUCUAACCGUGCUGGGCUUCAAUUUCCCGUUGGUCGUAUCCAUCGACUUCUGAGAAAAGGAAAUUAUGCUGAACGCGUCGGCGCUGGUGCUCCGGUUUACUUGGCAGCAGUAAUGGAGUACCUGGCUGCUGAAGUUUUGGAGUUGGCCGGUAAUGCGGCCCGUGACAACAAGAAGACUAGAAUUAUCCCACGUCAUUUACAAUUGGCUAUCCGUAAUGACGAAGAAUUGAACAAAUUACUUUCCGGUGUAACGAUAGCACAAGGCGGCGUGUUGCCAAACAUUCAAGCUGUACUUUUGCCGAAGAAGACAGAGAAGAAAGCUUAAUCUCAAUCCUGAAUUUCAAACGGCCCUUUUCAGGGCCAC